AUGGCCGAGAAAGCGAAGCAACGGCUCCACGCCAUCGGCAAGCAGGUCGCCCCAGCAGUCGUCGAGGAUGCGACCUUCGAGGACGUGCCCCAAAUCAAGCAAGUCGGCCCAGCGUCCAAUGGCCCCCGAGCUCAGGGGAAGGUGGUUAUUAUUACAGGCGCAAACUCGCCCUUGGGAAUAGGGAGAGCCACGGCUCAUCAGUUCGCCCAGAACGGCGCAAAGGCAGUCUACAUCUGUGACUUUGACGACAAGUACCUCGGCUACCAUGAGAAACAGAUCAAGUCGCUGUACCCUGCGGUGGAAGUCCACACGCGGAAGUUUGACGCCGCGGACGAGGAGGCCGUCAAGGCGGUCGUGGAUGACGCGCUCAGUCGCUACGGGAGGCUGGAUGUCAUGUUUGCGAACGCCGGUAUCGUCGGCGCUCACAUCCUGUUCACAGACACGUCGAAAGAGGACUUCAUGAACGUGCUGAGAGUGAACACCCUGGGGCCGUUCCUUGCGGCCAAGCACGCCGCACGCGCGAUGGGCAAGAUUUCGGCUGAGAAGAAGGCUCCGGGCGGGAGCAUCAUCAUGACGGCUUCUGUUGCUGGCAUCCGUUCUAACGCGGGCCCGACGGCCUAUUCUGCAUCAAAGUCCGGAGUAAUCAACAUGGCAGCUUCCAUGGCGUACCAACUCGCAGGCUCUAACAUCAGAGUCAACGCCAUAUGCCCUGGUGUCGUAGAGACCGGAAUGACUGCUCCGAUGUACGAGUCGGCCCGGGCCCGGGGUACCGAAAGGAAAAUCGGCCAGCUGAACCCGCUGAAGAGGGGAAGCGCCGCCGAUGAGGUUGCGCGAGUGGCUCUAUUUCUAGGAUCCGACGAGAGCAGCUAUGUGAACGGUCAAUCUUGGGCCGUCGAUGGCGGUUUAAGUGCUGGCCAUCCAUUCGUUCCGGGCAAGCUUUCUUGA